ACCAUGGAGAGCUGCCGGGCGCUGGCGCUGUGCGCCGUGGCCGCCGCGCUGCUGCUGAGCGCCCGCGGGCACGGAUCGACCCCGCCGCGCCGCGCCCGCGACCUGGGACCGCCCGGCGGCGGCGGCGGCGCUUCCCGGGAGAAGGAGCUGAUCGAGGCGCUGCAGGAGGUGCUGGAGAAGCUCAAGAGCAAGAGAGGACCGCACUACGAGAAGAAGUUCGGGCAGGUGCCCAUGUGCGACGCCGGGGAGCAGUGCGCCGUGAGGAAGGGGGCUCGCAUCGGGAAGCUCUGCGACUGCCCCCGGGGGACGUCGUGCAAUUCCUUCCUCCUCAAGUGCCUGUAAGCAGAGGCGCCCCGGGACAAGCCGCCGGGAGCGCCGGCACUGACUUCUGGCCGCCCCGACGUGCCGGCGACUUCCCGCAGCUUCUCCGCCCGAGAGACGCAGCGAGAAGCCCCCGCGUCGCCCGUGUAACGCCGUCCGUGACAUCCGACAUCCGUGGAGCUGUUUUCUUUCUCUCCCCCCCCCCAC